UUGUUUUGACGGUGUUUUAUCAGAGAAAUUGCAAGAUAUCCGGUGGACUUUUAUCUAUAUUUUUUUUGCAAAAUAUUGUUGUAUAGAAUAGUUAAUUAUUUAUAAAAAAAAAUGGCAUUAACAAUAACAAAAUUUUGUGGUAUAUUUGUUAAAUAUAGAACAGUUUUAAGUUACAAAAAAAUUCAAUUAAAUAAGAUAUCAGCAAUAAAUUUUUCAAUAAAAUCAAAUAUACCAGAGCAUGAAGAAGAUGAUGGUGAUAAAUUAAUAAAAGCACCAAUUGGUGAUGGUAAAUAUUUUUCAUCAGUGGAAAAAGCUAUAUCAGAUAUUCCAAAUGGAGCAAAAUUACUUGUCGGUGGAUUUGGUCUAUGUGGUAUACCUGAAAAUUUAAUAAAUGGAUUAUUAAAAAAAGGAUCAAAUAAUCUUACUGUUGUAUCAAAUAAUGCUGGUGUUGAUGAUUUUGGUUUGGGUCUUUUAUUAAAUGAAAAACGUAUUAAAAGAAUGAUAUCAUCAUAUGUUGGUGAAAAUGCUGAAUUUGAAAGACAAUAUCUUGGUGGUGAACUUGAAGUUGAACUAACACCACAAGGAACACUUGCUGAAAGAAUAAGAGCUGGUGGUGCUGGAAUUCCAGCAUUUUUUACACCAACUGGUUUUGGUACAAUUAUUGAAGAAGGUAAUGUCAUAAUAAAAUAUGAUAAAGAUGGUAAUCCUGAAAUAUCUGGUGAACCACGUCCUGUACAAGAUUUUAAUGGACAAAGUUGCAUUAUGGAAAGUGCUAUUAAGGGUGAUUUUGCAUUAAUUAAAGCAUGGAAAGCUGAUAAAGCUGGUAAUUUAAUAUUUCGUAAAUCAGCAAGAAAUUUUAAUGAAGUUAUGUGUAAAGCAGCUAAAGUAACAAUUGUUGAAGCUGAAGAAAUACUAGAAAUUGGACAAAUUGAUCCAGAUAAUGUUCAUGUACCUGGUAUAUAUGUUGAUAGAAUAAUAAAAGGUACAAAUUAUGAAAAACGUAUGGAAAAAAUUAAAACAAAUGCUGCUGUUAAACCAAAAAAAUCAACACCAGCAAGUAAAGCACGUGAUAGAAUAAUAAAACGUGCUGCACUUGAAUUUAAAAAUGGAAUGUAUGCUAAUUUAGGUAUUGGUAUGCCAAUGUUGGCUAGUAAUUAUAUACCAAAAGAUGUUAAUGUUACGUUACAAUCAGAAAAUGGUAUACUUGGUCUUGGUCCAUUUCCAUCAGAAGAUGAUGUUGAUGCUGAUUUAAUUAAUGCUGGUAAAGAAACUGUUACUGUUUUACCUGGUGCAUCAUUUUUCAGUAGUGAAGAGAGUUUUGCAAUGAUUCGUGGAAAUCAUAUUGACUUGACAAUACUUGGAGGAAUGCAAGUAUCACAACAUGGAGAUUUAGCCAAUUGGAUGGUACCUGGAUCAAUGGUAAAGGGUAUGGGUGGAGCAAUGGAUCUUGUUUCAGCAUCAAAAACAAAAGUUGUCGUUACAAUGGAACACACAGCUCGUGAUGGAAGUCCAAAAAUUGUUGAAACCUGUGAUCUACCAGUUACAGGUCAGCAAUGUGUUGAUAUGAUUAUCACGGAUCUUGCUGUUUUUGAAGUGAUAAAAGGUGAAGGUUUAAAACUCAUUGAACUCGCACCAGAUGUCGAAAUAAGUGAAAUCGUUAGUUCAACUGGUUGUGAAUUUUCUGUUGCUGAUGAUAUAAAAGUCAUGGGUCAAGUUGAUGACAAUGAAAGUUAA